CAGUCCUGUAAUGAGCAGAUUUUAGAGAGGAGAGAGAUAGAAAGGCUGGAGAAACGAGAGGAGGGCAUAUGACUUGGUGGGAUUUCAUCCAAAUUUAGGCGAGCGCUGAGAUGCGGCGAACAAAAGGAAAAGCAGAGGAAUAAUUUCUGCUUCUGCAUCCUCAUCCUCAGCAGUCGUCUCUAGAUCCCAGGCCGAGCUGAGAGGAGAGAAGGAAGGGGAGGAAAAGGGAGCCAGAGAGAUAGUCACACUUGGUUAUGUCUGCCGAGGUGUGUGUGCAGGGCUGAGUGUGUGUUCGCCUGAUGAUGGACGUCUGUCUCUAGCUGGGAUCGCUUGUUUUCAGGCCAUGCUUUAGAGCCACAUCUUCAACUUCUCUCUCCUCCGGUGUUUUCUUUUUCUCCUCUGUUGUUGUUGUUUUUUCCGAUGGUGCACCAGCGCAGCAGCAUCCCUGUCCUGUAUCCCACUCUGUGCGGCAUGAGGAUGAGGGGAUGCUCUAGUGCUUGAUUAAGCCGAGCUCGGUCGCCGCCGCUGCUCUGUGGGCCUGGAGGACUGCUGGAAAAGCCUAGGCCUCGCUCGUCUGGAGCGUCCCGCCGCACGGCUGAGGCGACGGGCCUGCCAGGCUGCGUCGAGCGGGAAGGUGGAGGAGGAUGAGCGGCGCUCCGAGCCCGCAUGCCCAUGGGGAGCAGCAUGCACGGCAGCAGCCUUCGUCACUCCAGACCCAUCACUGAGGAUUGGAUUGCUUUUCUGUCGCUAGGCAAUGCUCUUCAGGUCCCAUCCGGCUGUUUUUGAACGGAGGAGCCGGCGUCUUACGUCCCUAAAUUGAAAAGGAGAAGGAGAGCGAGGCCCUGCACCUCCAUGCUACCUGUUUGGAACGAGGCCUCCUCCCUCCGUCCUCCUUCUGAGUGAAGCACGCCCAAGUUCUUGCUCUUUCUUGACGUUCUAAGGAUUUGCCUAAACCUGUUUCAUGCAUGUCCACUGGAGGCAGGUUUGACUUUGAUGACGGGGGGUCGUACUGCGGGGAGUGGGAGCAAGGGAAGGCCCAUGGCCGCGGGGUCUGCACGGGGCCCCAGGGUCAGGGCGAGUAUGCGGGGGCCUGGAGCCACGGCUUCGAGGUCCUGGGCGUGUACACGUGGCCCAGCGGGAACAGCUACCAGGGCACCUGGGCGCAGGGCAAGCGGCACGGCAUCGGGGUGGAGAGCAAGGGCCGCUGGGACUACCGGGGAGAGUGGACCCAGGGCUUCAAAGGCCGCUACGGGCAGCUGGAGAGCACGGCCAGCGGGGCCCGGUACGAGGGCACGUGGAGCAACGGGCUGCAGGACGGCUACGGCACCGAAACCUACUCAGAUGGAGGAACCUACCAAGGCCAGUGGCUGGCAGGGAUGCGUCAUGGCUACGGUGUACGCCAGAGUGUACCGUACGGCAUGGCAGCCGUCAUCCUCUUCCCUCUGCGCACAUCCAUAAACUCCCUCCGCUCCGAGCACAGCCACGGCCCUCCGGCGGUGCUGGAGGACGGCACCGCCACCACACCCACGGACGGAGUGGUGGCCGGGCUGGCGGGCAGCCCAGUGGGCCGCGGUGGCUUUGCCCUGACAGCUCCGAGCGAGGCGGAACGGCAAAGGAAGAGAAAGGGCCGCUUCCGGCAGUCCAUCCUCAGCGGCCUGAAGCUACGGCGCUCCGAGUCCAAGAGCUCUCUGGCCAGUCAACUCAGCAAGCAGAGCUCCUUCUGCAGCGAGGCUGGCAUGAGCACAGUCAGCUCUGCUGCGUCUGAUAUCCACUCCAACGCCAGUGAAGGCGAGCAGGGCGCCCCCGUGGACGCCACCGUGACUGAGAUGUACGCGGGAGAGUGGCGGAGCGACCACAGGGCCGGCUGGGGCGUCAGCCGGCGCUCGGACGGCCUGCAUUACGCAGGUGAAUGGUCAGGGAACAAGAGGCACGGGUAUGGAUGCACCACCUUCCCUGACGGCACCAAAGAGGAAGGGAAGUACAAGCAGAACAUUCUGGUGAGCGGAAAACGCAAAAACUUGAUCCCACUGAGGGCCAGUAAAAUCAGAGAGAAGGUGGACAGAGCUGUGGAAGCUGCUGAGAAGGCAGCGGACACCGCCAAGCUGAAAGCAGAGAUCGCCAUGUCACGGAUGAGCCACGCUCGUGGGAAGGCGGAGGCUGCUGAAGGAGUGGCGCAGAAAUCCAUGGAGGAGUGCCGACAAGCCCGGAUAACUGCCAAAGAGCUCUCACCCUCCUUCCACAUCUAUGGCAAUGGGCUCGAAUGUCAGAGGCCCAAACACCAGGACGCCAAGGACAAAGACCAUGAGGUCAUCUCCACAGGAACAGACAGUCCGGAGCUGUGCACUCCGGACACAACGCCGCCUGUAAUAACACCUGAUCUGAGCCCCGUGCUGAGCGUUCCCACCUCGCCCCCUCGCAGCCCGCCCAAACACUCCCAUCGCCCCAGAAACGCCUGCUUCAGGAGACAGAGUGCCGUGGACGACCACGGAGGCGCUGAGAUCCAGGUGCUGGUGGAAGGGCGGGGGAUGGAUCCAUCCAGGGGCGGGACUAACAGUUGGACUGAUGACAUGUAUCCGGACCGGGGAGGCAGCAGCCGCUCCACCACACCCUCACUUCUGGAGGAGCAGGAGGGCCAGAUCAACGGCUACGAGCAACCCCCUUUGUCCAACCACAAACCCCGCGAGAAAUCCUUGCCCAAUCACAAGUCCCGAGAACACGCCUCUUCCUACAGAGCCUGGGAGCACUCCAAGCCGUCCAAGCAUGUGGCCUCCAAUCACAAGUCAAGGGAGUACACGUCCUCCAACCACAAAACAUGGGAUCAUUCUUCCACCAAUCACAAAUCCUGCGAGCAUGCCUCUUCCAACUACAAGCCGCAGGUAAACACGUCAUCCAAUCACAAGGCCUUGGAACACAACAUUUCCAAUCACAAGACUUUUGAGCAUGCUUCUUCCAAUCACAAUUCUGACGAUUAUAUCUCCUCUAAUCACAAUGCAAAGGACCACAUCUCUUCCAGUUACAACCCUCGAGAGCAUGUCUACUCCAACCACCACCCAAAGCAGCACAACCCCUCCAACCACAAACUUAACGAGCAUGCUGUAAUUGACCAAAGGCUGGACGGCCUCACCGGAGGGUGGACUCCUGAAAGCACCCUCAGGUGGAGCCCCGCCCACUCACGCCUCACCGAGCAGGACGAAGAGCGGAUGAAUGACUAUACGGUCGAUAUGAGGCUUCACUGUCCGGACUCGCAGAUGACUCUGGGUUUGGGUCAGGACUCCCCGGCCCCCAAAAACAGCAGACUGCGAUCCCGAGGACUUCGGCCGGUUCAAGAAGGAUCCAUGGACUCGGUGCAGAUGCUGGACAACCUGAAUGUGGGGGCAGAGUUGGAGGAGUGGCCGCUGCACAGGGACCUCACCCUCUCCCCGCCCCUAAAGUCUCAGCCCAUCACUCUGGAGCAGGAAGGAGACCAUCUCACCCUCAAAUCAAACUCAGGCUCCAGCUCUGUACUGGUGGUUAUGGUCAUUUUACUCAAUAUUGGAGUAGCCAUUCUUUUCAUUCACUUCUUUAUUUAAGCCUAUGAAGGUAUGAUCUAUUAAGACUUAUUGAUAACUACGGUAUAUUAUAUUAUUAUUACUCAGAUGGAUGUCCUGCCUAUUCGACUGGAGCCCCGAGCCCGACUGACGGACACAGCAGAGCCUUUGUAUUGUUGCUACUGAUCUUUUCAUCUCUGUUGAAGCCCGUUUCAGUUUCUACGAAACCGCCCUUCCUUUUCAAACGCUUAUUUUGAGCUUGCAACCAUGUGCUAGAAGAUGAUUGAUUCAAGACCAACGUGAAGGUGGAGAGAGCAGCUUUAAUGGGGACAUGCGUGCAUGGGCGUCCGUCCCUGAUACGUCUGCAGACUGGAGGUGGCUCAGACAUUGUCGCCCAUUUUUCCAUCAGUCUAGACGAAAAUAUAGCCACCCUUGUUUCCUGAUUAUCAUGAGGAACAUGCUAACCAAGAGCAUGGCGCAUACUCCAUCCUUAACCCCCUUUUGCCUUUUCUCCCUUUCAUGUUUUCAGUCUCUAUUCGCACUAUGCGCUACAUACAAAACUAUGCUGCAAGAGUAGAUCAAUUUUAAAGGGCUUCGUCAUACCUCUUUCCUUUUCUCCCCCAGACGAUUUACACGAUCACACACAACCAUUGCAUGAGGCUGUGUGAGGUUUUAAAAAGUGCAUUUUCUAUCCCUUUAACAUCACAGUUCCGUCCUCCAUUUAUACGGGCCCAUCCGGUACCGUUUAUCGGCUCGGCUGUCGGCGCCGGUCCACUUCACUUCCAGCCAGAUCUCAGAAUCUGAUCAGAUUCUCGUUUGAGGCUCCAAAUCCAACGUAAACACAGGCCUGAAUUCAUGAGGGGUGGAGUUUUACGUCCGACCACGCAAACACACUAUCGCACGCAGAAAAUGAAACUAAAUCCUGACAUGCUGAGAAGGAUUCAGCCUUGCCCCUUUGUACAGCCUUGAGACUGUUAUGUUAUAACCACUAAUAUAUAUGUGUAUGUGUCAUUAUUAUUAUUCAACUUUGUUACUUUUUGCAGUUUGCAAGACAGAGAGAAUGAUGAGUGCCUCGUAUUUAUUCAUUUUUCCUGCGAAUACUUUAUUUAAACACCGAACAGAGACAAAACCUCCCACGUGGGCAAGCUAAAGCUCGAGCCCCACAGGACGCGCAACUGCCCCGGCCCGGCUUGGCGGCGGUUUUGCUGGGACUGUGGAUCGUUUUGGAAGCAGAGCUCUUCCAGUUGCUGCCUCCUCAGAUGGAUUUGUGAGUUUAUACGUUUAUCCGUAGGCUCAGAGAGUGCGUGGGAAUCGCGCGGUAGUCUGCUUGUUCAAAGACGUUCAUCUAUUUAAACUUUUGCUAGUUCUCAAUUCUAAAUACAGCAAGUUUGGUCUUGUGUGCUUAGUAGUUCGUGCUUGGGAAGUACAAGUCGUGAGAACGUACGUCGGAGGACAGGAGGACACAUUUCAGUUUACCUGAGCUGGAGCAGAGGCGUACCGGUGUACGCCAUGUCAUCAACUCCACUAGCUCCACCAGCAGGCUAACGUAUAUAAAAUAGCUGAGCAUAAAAUAAACAGUGAACAUUAAAGUGGCUAAACUGUUUUAAUUGGUUUUUAUGCGCUUGUACAUCAGCCACGUACAGUAGAAGUGAACAUUUUAUAAAACUCCAAAAAGCUUUUCGACUUCUAAAUUGAACUAUGUAGUUCAAAUCUCUUCUAAAACCCUCUGAAUUGUUUACCGACAUAUCUGCGGUUCAGCGCCAACGCGUAUUUUUAGCAGAGCGGAGCAGACGGUGGCUUCGGGGACGCUUCUGAAGGCCCUUUUAUUUUCAAUGUUUGAAACGGGUAUGAAGACGGACGGAGUUAUCUGUCCAUAUCCUGCGUUGAUGUCGUCUGUCGUUUUGCACCAUGUAUAGGUCAGUGGUGUUCAACCCUGGUCCUCGAGAGACCCUGUCCAGCGCGUUGUAGAUGUUUUCCUGCAUCAACACAAUUGAUUCUAAUCAAUGAUCGUUAUCAGCUUGUCAUCAAAGUCGGCACAAGUCUGUUAAUGGCAUUUGUGUCAGGGUGUGCUGAAGCAGGGAAACUUCUUAAACAUGCUGUAUCGGCGCUCUCCAGGACCAGGGUUGAAUACCACUGGUCUAGGUGCUUACACAUACAGAUGAAAUGAUGCAUUACCACCAGAAGUCACUGGGGCAGUGUAGAGCCAAUCUCUAAACUAAACACAAGAAAAUGGGCGUACAUCCUAAACUAUUGUAGAUUACGUUGGUUGUCAAUUUUCAAGAAAAUUCAAGACGAUGAUUGUCCAUUUAUAUAUUGACGUCCAUUCAGUAGUUCCAAUUCAAAUGAAAGAUCUCCUCUGCAGUUGCCAUGUUUUUUUAUAUCAGUAGUUGACUCGUCACUGCCCCCUGGUGGAUGCGUUGCUUACCUACCUUAUGAACGUAGACUUGCAGAGGUAUGUAGGCUAGUGGUGAAAACAACGUUUGGAAUGGACAGAUGUACGAAUACAGAGCAUAAACUCGGCUAAACUCGCUCCAUGGCGCUUGCUAGACUAGACGUAUCAGCUAGACUAGACUGUCUUCGAUUAACACCGCUCACAGCGGUUCUGCGUCCUGGGAGCCUUGAGCUUAAGAGGAGACAAAAAAAAAAAUGAACUAAGCGGACCAUCACCCCUUCUCCUUCCCCCUUUUCAUGCAAUCAACCAACCCCCACCCCGAACUUGAAACGGCAUGCACUGUUAUGUCACUCUCUCCUCGUCCCCCUUUUCGGACCAGUCACAAAGUGAAAAGUGGGGUUUCUACAGUUUCCAGGCACUUUUUUGGCCAGAUGAGUUUUGUUUUUGUUUGUUUGUUUUCAUUUUUUAUUUCCAGCAUGUUUGUUAAGCCUGCUCAAUCUGGUGUCAGUUUGUGAGAUUCUCCCUCCUGUCUCUUAUCCAGCAACACAAGGCUACGUGAGACAUGGAGAGCAGUGUAAAAUAAACGCUAGCUUUUAACUCUCAGUGGAUACUGAAAUGUCCCCGAGUUUCUGAAUGAUAUAAAAAAACAAACUCUCUCUGCUACUGUAUGUUUUAUACUUCGCACCAAGUGGCAUCAUCAUGUUGUGACAUCAUUGCAUGCCCGAGCAUGCUCUUUCUUACUCUUUGGUUUAAUGAGGUUGUUUCGAAGUUAAUGUGGAGAAAAUAAUGAAAUGUUUGAAAUUAA